AUGGAGCAGUUCAAACUACCAUCGCCGCUGGUGUUGACGGGCAACUUGGGAGAAAACUGGAGACGAUGGGAACAGCGCUUCCAAAUCUACAUGACCGUGAGUGGUGCAGAGAGUAAGGACGAAAUGAUCAAAGUUGCCAUCUUACUGCACGCACUAGGAGAGGAGGCUCUUGAAGUAGUUAGGUAUGAACCUGUGGUACCAACCUAUCAUGACAAUGAUGGACCUGAGCUGAGCUCUGGUUUGGGGCAGAGGGCAGGGUUGAAUAGUCUGAAACUGGGGCUUGAUGACACCAUUCCUGAUGACAUAGUCAAAGUAUUCUUCCUCAGCAGAAAACUACUUGGAAGUGCUUCUCCCAGGAAUGACUAUAAAUCACAAAAUAAACCCUGUGUUCUGUGUUCAUUCUUGUCUCCAUUCAGGCUGACUCUGCACUUACCAAAGGAUGUGGGGUUAAUAGCAGUAUCUGCUCGACAAACCCAGGGCAGAGGUCGGGGCAGGAAUGCCUGGCUCAGCCCUCUGGGUUGUUCCAUGUUCACUCUGGCGGUCCAGGUUGAGCUGAGCUCCAGGCUCGGACAGAGGAUUCCCUUCCUGCAGCAUCUGGCUGCUCUGGCAGUAGUGGAGGGUGUUCGCACACUUCCUGGAUACCAGGACAUAGACCUGAGGGUGAAGUGGCCCAACGACAUCUACUACAGUAACCUAAUGAAGCUCGGGGGAGUCCUUGUGACUUCCACUGUAAUAGGAUCAAUCUUUCAUCUGCUCAUAGGCUGUGGGUUCAAUGUGACAAACAGCAACCCAACAGUGUGCAUCAAUGACCUGAUCCAGCAGCACAACAUACAGCAUAACUGCAGCCUGCAGCCGCUCAGCUGUUGCCAGCUCAUUGCUCGGACUGUCACCUGCCUGGAGAGUCUCAUCAGCAGCUUCCAACAAGGAGGCCCAGACGCCAUCCUGCCCACCUACUACAAGAGAUGGCUCCACAGCGGGACUCUGGUGCGUCUCUGGAGCGAAGACGGGCUGGAGGCUGAGGUGGUGGGUCUGGACCACAACGGAUUCCUCCAAGUGCACACCAAGGAGCAGGGCGUGGUCUCAGUGGAGCCUGAUGGAAACUCUUUCGACAUGUUGAAGAACCUGGUGGUCAUCAAGCAGCGUUAGGACCAAACCCAACCAAACACAGACUCAGUCUCUUUCGGCACAUUGAACCAAUAACUGAGUUAUUAGAAAACUAUAUCAACGUAUCAGGGUUUUCUAAUUGAUUCAUAUGUCACUGGUUUACAGUGGGAUUAUUGGUUAGCUUGUCCUUAUGUUAAGCUGACAUACAUUUGAACUAGUGGGGUCAUUUGUUGGAAGACACACAAUGAUGAUAACUGGGUUCAAAGGCAGCUACAUUAAGUUAUAUCUGCAUCAGUGACUAGCACAUACUGUACAUCAGCUUGAUCAUUACCUGCUGGUUUGGGACCACCUAUUGAAACCAUUAUUUAACUUGUACUACUUUCUGGGCACAAUAUAUCUCAUACUCCUCAUUUGAAAAUCUAACCUAAUUUCAGUGUCACAUGUAAACAGUGACCAUUGCAGCUUUUUCUGUUGCUAAUUUCAACUAAAUAAAUACUUCCACAGAAA